AUGGCUGCAAGAAAAGAGGCUACUUUGUUUAUUGCAGCCCUUUUGUUCUGCUUCUGGACUUGUUCAACUGCAUGGCUUUCCCCUGCUGGUGUCAAUCCAGAAGUGCAGGCUUUGAUGGAUAUAAAGGAACUUCUAACCAACUCUGAAGCUUUUGUAAAGUGGGAUAGAGUUUCCGUUGAUCCAUGCAGCUGGGUUAUGAUUUCUUGUUCCAGAGAUAAUAAUGUUAUUGGCAUAUCAGCUCCAAACCAAGGUUUGUCUGGGCCGAUUUCGCCGAGCAUUGGAAAUUUAACUCACCUGACAAGUUUGAUUCUACAGAACAAUAAUUUGUCAGGUCCUUUACCUUCCGAGCUUGGAAUCCUCCCAAAGCUUCAAUCAAUUGAUCUUUCUAAUAAUGUGCUCACUGGAGACAUCCCUACUUCUGUUGCUGAAAUGAAAAGUCUCCAAUACUUGAGGCUAAACAAUAACAGCCUUUCUGGAACUAUUCCUCUGCCUUUCACAAAUAUGACUCAGAUGAAAAUUCUGGACUUGUCUUUUAAUAAUUUUAGUGGUCCUGUUCCGAAGCUGCCUGUUAAAACGUUCAAUAUUUUGGGAAACCCAAUGAUAUGUGCUACUGGAAAAGAGCCAGAGUGCAACGGGACGACUCCAAUGCCCAUAUCAAUGCCAUUGAAUAAUACACAGAGUGUUCUGCCUUUACCAAGGCCGAAAACUCAUAAAGUUGCACUAGCCUUUGGGACAAGUCUUGGAUGCAUCUGCCUGCUGAUUGUUGGAUUUGGUUUCUUUCUUUGGUGGAGACAGAAGCACAAUAAGCAGAUAUUCCUUGAUGUCAAUGUUUCAGAACAACACCAUGAUGAAGUCUGUCUAGGAAACCUGAGGAGGUUUCAGUUCAGAGAACUUCAGGUGGCCACAAACAACUUCAGCAGCAAGAACAUUCUUGGAAAAGGUGGUUUCGGAAAUGUGUACAAGGGUCAUCUCCAAGAUGGAAGCAUUGUUGCUGUGAAAAGGUUGAAAGAUGGCAGCGCCCUCAGUGGCGACACUCAAUUCCAAACGGAAGUUGAGAUGAUCAGCCUUGCCGUGCAUAGGAAUCUACUUCGUCUGUAUGGCUUUUGCAUAACUCCUACCGAAAGACUCCUGGUUUAUCCCUACAUGUCUAAUGGAAGCGUCGCCUCGCGUCUCAAAGCAAAACCAUCCUUGGAUUGGGGUAUAAGGAAAAGAAUUGCACUUGGAGCUGCAAGAGGCUUGCUUUACCUACAUGAGCAAUGUGACCCCAAAAUUAUUCACAGAGAUGUGAAGGCUGCAAAUAUAUUGCUGGAUGAUUACUAUGAGGCAGUAGUAGGAGACUUCGGGCUAGCAAAGCUGCUGGAUCACCGCGACUCACAUGUUACCACAGCCGUCAGGGGAACAGUAGGGCAUAUAGCUCCUGAGUAUCUGUCAACAGGCCAGUCAUCAGAGAAAACAGAUGUCUUUGGUUUUGGCAUUCUUCUGCUAGAAUUGAUCACUGGACAGAGAGCUCUAGAGUUUGGCAAAGCUGCAAACCAGAAAGGAGCCAUGCUUGAUUGGGUGAAGAAGAUCCACCAAGAAAAGAAGCUUGACAUGCUGGUUGACAAGGACCUAAAAGCCAACUAUGACAAGAUUGAACUAGAGGAAAUGGUACAAGUAGCUCUGUUAUGCACUCAGUAUCUUCCUAGUCAAAGACCAAAAAUGUCUGAAGUAGUUCGGAUGCUCGAAGGUGAUGGACUAGCUGAAAAAUGGGAAGCUACUCAAAGAGCCGAGGCUACCAGAUGCAGAGCCAAUGAAUUCUCGUCUUCAGAGAGAUAUUCUGAUCUAACAGAUGAUUCUUCAUUGCUUGUCCAAGCAAUGGAACUUUCAGGACCCAGGUGA